AAUCGACGUGCACUGUUUAUGUUUUGAUUUCGGUACUCGCAAGUUGCUGUCACCGCGUUCCCGCAGUUUUAAGUGAAAAUUCCAUGAAGUUGCUCGCGAAAUGACCGUCUUCAGGCUGGAAAGGUACCCCUACGUGUGCCGGAUGUGUCUAAAGCCGGAACAGCACCGCAAGAUGACGUCGCUGGACACCGAGGAUGAAAGCUUCGAGGGAUGUGCCACCUUCGAGGAGUUUCUGGCAACGAUGUCGUUCCAGGUUGAAGAGGAAAAGCGCCAUUUGUUUCCGCGGUCAAUUUGCCCCCAGUGCAAAGACCUACUCCAAAUGUUUGGCCGCUUUCACACCAAAGUGCGCCACGUGCACCUGUUUAUGAACGCUCUGGUCGAGCUGCGGGACCUCAACACGGUACCGAUGCAGGAACUUUUCCACACGAAACCGGAAUCGGUUCGGACGAUGCUCGCGGAGCUGGAUUUGUGCCACAAGGAUGACUGCCAGGCGAAGGAUUUGAUUGAUGAAUUUCCACUGUUUCAAAUUGCUAAACUUCCGGCCACGAUGGAACAGAACGGUGUUGACGAGGUUGCCGAGGUUAAAGAAAAAGAAGUCGAUCUGCAAUGCUGCGAAGAAAUAAAAGAAUUCGAAGAACCUGAAGAGGAAACUUUUUUUGCUGAGGAAUGUCCGCCCGAAGAGUUGGCCGGGUUGGUCAAUGAAAUUGUUUGUCAAGUUGAGUUGUCCGAGGAGCGUGUUCCGGAGCAGGAAUCUACAGUUGAUGACGAGUUUCGAUGGGAGUGCCUAGACGAUAGCGAUGAAGAAGUAAAGAUCCCAACCAAGAAAAAGCUGCGUCAACAGCGGCAAAAAGAAGCGAGCAAAAUAUGAAUUCCUAAACGACAGCGAACCAGAAGAGGAGCUAACGCUCGACAAGCUGGGAGAUUUGAGUGAGGCGCUGGCAAACAGAAAGUACGGCACCAAGAAGGUGAAAGAGCCGCUGCAGUGCCCCAAGUGCCCGUUCAAAACCAUGUACCGGUCAAAUUUUCAUUCACAUCAGUUGACGCAUCUGAAGCGGGAAAAUAUCAGUUAUGCCUGCAAGGAACCUGGCUGUACGAAAAGUGCGCGAACCUGCGGCUUUUACAAAUGCACGUGGAAGGGAAACACAGCGGAUUUACUUAUAUCUGCGAGACUUGUGGGUUCCAGUGUUCAACUGGCUCCAGAUUAAAAGAACACAACAAACGUUAUCACAACAAAGAAACCCUGAACUGCGAGUACUGCCAGAAAACAUUCAAACUGAAACUAGACUUGCGGAA